GGCCCUGCCCACCCAGAAGCCCAGGGCGAGGAAGAGGGCCACUGCGCAGAGCCCCGCCCCGUGUCAGCAUGGCCAGAUGGAGGCUUCAGACAAGCAGCCUCUUGAAGACAGGGCAGAAGACUCAGUGUGGAUUCAGACCAGGGAGAUGGCACCUCUGGACGUCAGGCCUUCAGGAGCACCCCAGCCUGCUGCUGGGGGAGGAGGGGGUAGAGGGCAUUGCUGCUGACAUUGAGGCUGCCCUCUACCACUUGGCGCAAGGCACCAGCUGCAGCUACAAGAACAAGUACCGCAGUCUGCUCUUCAACCUGCGCGACCCCAGGAACCCGGAGCUGUUUCUCAAGGUGGUUCAAGGCGACAUCACCCCCCAUGCCCUGGUGCGGAUGAACUCCCUCCAGCUGGCGCCCCACGAACUGUCCCGCUGGCGGGACCAGGAGGAGAAGAGGGGCUUGGAGAUCAUUGAGCAACAACAGAAGGAGCCAUACAGACUUCCAGCCUCCAAACUGACCCAUAAGGGGGAAGUGGAGAUCCCGAGGGACCUGGACGAGAUGAUGACCCUGGAGGACCUGGUGGAAGCCCCGGUGCUGGGAGAUGCUGGUUCCCGGGCACUGCCUGCCCCAUUGGAGGAUACCUCUGGGCAGCCCUCCGUGGACCCCAACUGCCACACAUGCCCAGACUCGGAGUCCUCAACGGAGCCGCCGGCCUUCCUCAGCACCACCAGGAGCAGGGAGGACCCUGGCUUCAAGAGAUCCCCUAGCUCAGGUCCUGCGUGCUCUCCAGAGGUGCCCAAAGCCAGGGAGACGCCUGCCGUGGAGCCCCAAAACAGGCUCCAGGCGCCUGAUGGGCCCCCAAAGGCCCCGUCCAGCCCAGCCCCUUGGGAGGGUACACUUGACAUGUACUCCAUCAAGCGGUUCCGGGUCAAGGCCCAGCUGGUCUCAGGACACAGCUGUCAGCUUGUCCAGACUCUGCCAGAGGUGAUCCACUCGGCAGGCUGCCUCCCUCCCAAUAUUGUCUGGGACCUUCUGGCUAACGUCUGCUCAGCCGGGGCCAAGGACAUCUGCGUGGUCAGACUGUGUCCCCGUGGGACUCGUGACGUGGAGAACUGCCGCUUGCUCUACUCCUACCUCAACAACAAGCAGCGCCACGGCCUGGCAGCCGUGGAGCACAUGGGGGUGGUCCUGCUGCCCCUGCCCGCCUUUCAGCCCCUGCCCACAAGACUGCGUCCUCUGGGAGGCCCAGGUCUGGAAGCCACUCACUCAAGCCUGUUGCUAAUGGUGCUGCUCCCCAAGGAAGGGCUUCCAGACCCAGUCAAGUCCAGCCUGGUGCUGGGCAAAGUUCGCAAGAAGGUCUCUUUCAGCAGCAAAGUGGAGACAAGAUGCUACCAGCCAGAGGACAAGAGAUGCACACUAAAGGACUCUUCUCCCCCAGAGGAUACCCCAAAGCAGAGCCAGGCCCAAGAAAGCUGGGCUCCCACUUUGCAAAGGCUACCCAGAGGCAGAGGGAGGCUGUGGGAAGAUCCUCACACCUGGCAGGGUCCAGGGCAAGGGCAGCAGCCUCCAGAAUGGGGCUCUUGCCAGCCUCAACAUCCCUAUUCGGCAGCCCCAGUUGUCCAUGGCUUUGGCCAUGGGCAGCACAUGCACAGCACCUCCUGUCUCCACCAAGAUGUGCUCCAGCACCUUGAAGCCUUGCUGACCAUGAGUCACCAGCUCCAAGCCUCACUGUGGCCCCCAGGCUGCCUGCCCCUUCCCACGCCCUCUACAGCAUCUGCCCAGCCCCCUGCAGCCCCAGGGAGCCUUGGCUGCCUCAACCAGCCCCCUGGCCUAGCCCCUGGCCCCUCUUUGUGCCCUACAGAUGCUGGCUCCCUUCCCUAGAGAAGCUUGAUCUUCCUUAUCCACCAGAACAGGGGUUUGAUUCCCUUACCUGUGCUGAACCCUGGAAGGAGAUGGGGGGGAGGGGGACAUGGGAGUCUGCACUCUCUACCUGCUCUGUUUGUUUUCCAUAUUGUAUU